CCUUAUCAUCCUCCCCCUCAACGCUGGUGUAUAUAAUGGCCAGAGAGUAACACACACACGUCAGACGACAUCAUCGUCAACACAAAACUGCAACAGGAGGAAAAAAACUUACAGCAAGAUGAAUGUGGAAGCUUUUCUUCUGUUGUUAGGUUCCGUCUUGGUCUAUGGCGAUUCUCCAAUAAACAAGGCCAGAUAUCCUGCUGCGGAUAUAACCUGCCCUUUGCCGUACAAAGCAGUUGGAGGUCGCUGCAUUCUGUUCGCGGUGGCCGAGGCUGGCGCCUGGCACGACAUGGGAUACUUCUGCGAGACACUCGGGGGCAAACUGGUCGUUAUUGACGACUCCACCUUCAUGGAGGCUCUUACGGACUACAUCUUGGAUGGUGAGUUCUCAACCACGGAAUUCUGGAUUGGAGCGACGGACGAGGUGACGGAAGGGGUGUGGAAGUGGGUCAAUGGGAAGACGGUGAGGAUGCGCAUGCCUCUCUGGCUCACGUGUUCGGACGACCAGGAACCCAACGGUGGCAGCGCCGAGAACUGCUUGGCCAUCACGGGCGACCAUAACUACUACUUCGUCGACGCCGAUUGCGCUCUAGAAAUGAAUCCCAUUUGUGAAUACACAGUACUUUAGAUUUUAUUUUUUAGAAAAUAAUGUAUACAAUAUGGAUUUCAUGCCUGGUAUAUAAUAUACAACAACUUGGAUAUAUGCCUUGAAUAUAAUAGAAGUUGAUUUACA